UGCUGAGAGAGAGAGAGAGAGAGAGAGAGAGAGAAUUCAUUCGGCGUGACUGUUGUAUAGGGAGCUGCGCGGAUUACAGAAAGCCCGUGUUGUGUUUGUUGUUUUCUAGACACACUGAAGAGUUGCAACUUCAAGAGGCAGCAAGUACUGCUGAAGACGCAAGUCUUUGAAGAAACAUCAUCAGAAAGUUCAAUUUUCCCACAGAGAAAUCGUAAACAGGAGAUAACGCUCCUUUGUACAGCGGUAUUGGCGCUAUGCUUUAGUGUGAGAGGUCCCGGGUUCGUGCCCGCCCUUCGCCUAUGUGUGGAUUGCCUCGCCCUGUGUGAUGCGCCUGCCUGCGUUAACUGAGAUCGCCACAUUGGUGUCAGAAGUGGAGGCAGGUACCCCGGCACGCACUCAUUGGACUGUAGCCUGUGCCAACACCAUGCCUAAACAAGUAGAGGUUCGAAUGCUCGAGAGCCACCAGCCACCACAGGAGCCCUCUGCCCAGCCCUGCUGUGGGGGAAUCUUCCAGAAAUUAGUCAAGAACCUGCUGCUCUCACUAACCGUCUUUGGCGUGAUCCUGGGGGCAGUGUGUGGGUGCCUGUUGCGCUACGCCUCCCCUAUCCAUCCAGACAUCGUCAUGGUCAUCGCCUUCCCCGGGGACAUCCUCAUGAGGAUGCUCAAGAUGCUGAUCCUGCCGCUCAUCAUCUCCAGUUUAAUCACAGGCCUGGCUGGGUUGGAUGCCAAGGCGAGUGGGCGCCUGGGCACCAGAGCCAUGGUGUACUACAUGUCAACAACCAUCAUUGCAGCUGUACUGGGGGUGAUCCUGGUCUUGAUCAUACACCCUGGGAACCCCAAACUGAAGGAACGCCUGGGCGAAGGCAGCAAGAACGAUGAGGUUUCCAGCCUGGAUGCCUUCUUUGAUCUCAUCAGGAACCUCUUCCCAGAUAACCUUGUGCAGGCCUGCUUCCAGCAGAUCCAGACGGUCACCAAGAAGGUACAGGUGUUCCCAGAGCCAGAGGAGAUGGGAGAGAAAGGGAAUUCCACCAUGGACCCAUUCCUGGAGGCAGUGAAUGCUACUGUGGUCCCUCCUGCUCCUGUGUUCAUCACCAAGAAAUCAUUGGAGUUCAAAGGAGGAAUGAACGUGCUGGGUGUGAUUGGCUUCUUCAUUGCCUUUGGGAUUGCCAUGGGGAAGUUGGGGGAGAAGGCCAAGCUCAUGCUGGAAUUCUUCAACAUCCUCAAUGAGAUUGUCAUGAAGCUGGUCAUCAUGAUCAUGUGGUACUCUCCGCUGGGUAUCGCCUGCUUGAUUUGUGGGAAGAUUAUCUCUAUCAAGGAUCUGGAGGUAGUAGCUCGCCAGCUGGGAAUGUACAUGGUGACUGUCAUCGUGGGGCUUAUCAUCCAUGGAUUGAUCUUUCUGCCACUCAUCUAUUUCGUCUUUGUGCGCAAAAACCCAUUCACCUUCCUUGGGGGCAUCUUCCAGGCCUGGAUCACUGCUCUGGGCACUGCCUCCAGCGCCGGGACCCUCCCAGUCACAUUUCGCUGCCUGGAAGAGAAUCUUGGAAUCGACAAGCGUGUGACACGCUUCGUGCUGCCUGUCGGUGCCACCAUCAACAUGGACGGCACUGCGCUGUACGAGGCUGUGGCUGCCAUCUUCAUCGCACAGAUGAACGGGAUCCAUUUGGACGCAGGGCAGAUUGUAACAGUCAGCUUGACAGCAACCCUGGCCAGUGUGGGAGCGGCCAGUAUUCCCAGUGCUGGACUGGUUACCAUGCUGCUUAUCCUCACAGCAGUGGGGCUGCCUACGCAGGACAUCAGUCUUCUAGUGGCUGUCGACUGGUUUCUAGACAGGCUGCGGACCUCAGUGAAUGUGGUAGGGGAUUCAUUCGGCGCCGGGAUUGUUUACCACCUAUCCAAGGCAGAGCUGGAUAGCCUUGAUGCCCAGCAAGGCCACCCAGAGGAGAUGGAACUCACCAAAACACAGGUGCUGUAUGAUGACCUCAAGAACCACCUGGAAAACAACUCCAACCAGUGUGUUUAUGCAGCUCACAAUUCUGCUGUAGUAGAUGAGUGCAAGGUCACUCUGGCCACAAAUGGCUCCACUGCUGAAUACACACUUGUUGAGGAGGAACCAUGGAAACAUGAAAAAUAAAGAACGCAGGCCCCUGCUCCAGCUAAUCCUGAUCUCCAGAAGCGUGCCUCCUGGUGAACCAACAAACAAAACAAACACACUAAUAAUUGGUUUAAUACUUUAGUGCAAAAUUCUAUUAAUAAUCUCAGCCAUUAAUGAACUAACUAUCUAACUAGCACCUAUUCAUUGUGAUUGUAUUAGGUUUGGAUGGGAAUUAAGUCUUUAAACCCUGUUUCAUUUGGCCCUGCUGAGAAGGAAGCAGGAAGGGGCGGGGAGAACUCUUCAGCCUUAGGGUAAUAAGUGGGCAGAGCAGAAAAAGAAAUCCGUGGAAAUUAUUAGAAUGGUGCUCAUCUCUUCUCUCCCUGUCUUUUCGAAGCAUCCCUCCACCCCUUCAUCACUCCUUCAGUCUGAAGCUACACACAUGUACAUUAGGAGAAUAUACCACUGACCAGGAAUAAGGAAAGAAGGUAUAAUCUGAUAUUGAACCCAUGCUAAUAAGGGAGUAAUUAAGGGUUUUGUUUUGGGGGAUCAAAAGACAGGAAUCCACCCUUUAGGCACUCAGGUGAAAUUCCCUGCAGUAUCAGUUCUACCUCAAGGUGUUCUGACACUUUUCAGCUGCUCUGUUAUCAAUUAAAACACUUUCCAGAUAAAGCGGCCUGAUCGCUGUAUACCAAUAAUAUUACAAGAGGGAAAAAAUAAGGAAUAAAGGUGCUGUCCUUAAUUAAGAAUUGCAUGCAAUUAUAGAGUUAUGGUUUAGAAAGACAUUUUAUGUUAUGGCAUAACUAUAUGAGCAUAGGUCUGUGUAUAUUUAAUGCAGAGCUAUGUUUAUAGCUGGUACUGUCUUUACUUUUCCAAACAUGACCGCCACAGUUAUUGAGUAAGUGGUUGCUAGAACAUUAGCGCCUUACCACUAUGUUAAAGACUACAUUUUGUUUUUUCUUUUACCUUUUCUUUAUCACAUUAAGAUGCUGGCACUUGUGAUUGGGUGGUUUCUCCAGUACGUUUUAGCCAGGUUCAUCCUGUCUUUGGACUGCUAUCUGACAAUCCACUCAUACUACUUUCUGAAAUGAGGAAAUCAAAUAAAAUGUCCAAAGUCAGGAGGGAAUUUAGCUUUAAAGUAGGAUAGAGACACUGAUAAAGAUUGUUCUUAAUGUCCCUAUAGGAGUAACAGAACUGAUCCACAUAAAUGAGCAAGGGGAAGUUAACAACACAUGCAAAUGCAAUAAAAGCUAUUUACUCUUCUCUAAAAAAAACACUUUAUCAAUAACUAUACAUCCCAAAAAACAUUUCAUUGGACUGAGCGAUUGUGACACCUCUCCUAUUUCACUUACUCCUAUUUUACAGACACCUUUUUAAUUACAUCUUUAACAUUCCAAGCGUUGGCUAAGCUACUGUAACAGGAUUGCAUGAGCGUUCUGUCUGAUUCUCUGUCGCAUAUCUGGAAGGCUUUCAGGCUGCUUAAUUAUUAUUAUUUUUUUUAAAGAAAUGAUUGCAAAACAGAAUCACAUGAAAUACAUAAAGGUGUAACACAGAUUAAAGCAUUAAGUAAAUAUCCCGAGCAUCAAAAUAAACUAUUAUAACACAUUGAUUUACAAAAAAAAAGGUAUAUAAAUGAUGGACAUUGAUGAAAUGUUUUUGGUUUCUUUUUAAUCACUCGAUCAUUCAUCCUUGACCAUGACACACUUGAGUGACUAUGACUGAAGCAUAUGCACUUAAUCACCUAAUUAGUGAGACAGUUGAUUGGACACUGGAUAUGGAGUGAUUUUAGCUGUUGAAUUGCAAGCUUGAAUAAAAGCAAUAAAGAAAAUCACAGAAAAAAAUCAAUAUGCCAUGUCUGUCAAGCGAGCAGCACCUUUGUCCAAUCGGCAUGUUGGAGGCUGGACUAGGGCAACGUAUUGUGGCUCGCCGUUUUGGGUGCUCACAGCCAGCAAUUUCAAACCUGGCAAGACGGUAUAACCAGACACACUCUGUCAAUGACAGGCUACGAACUGGGAGACCAAGAGUCACAACACCUGUCCAAGAUCGACAGAUCAUUUUGCAGCAUCUUCAUGAUGUCAAUUGUUUGUCAUUUUUCAAUCAUAUCUAGUGAAUUUUAUCCAGCAAAAGUUUAUUUUGCUGCUCAAAUAAAGUGAUACGUUUCUUUUGCUGCUCAAAUAUAAGUGAUACGUUUCUUUUGCUGCUCAAAUAUAAGUGAUACGUUUCUUUUGCUGCUCAAAUAUAAGUGAUAUAUUUAUUUUGAUGCUCAAAUAUAAGUGAUACGUUUCUUUUGAUGCUCAGUAUACUUACUAAUUAUUUUAGGAAUCUAUUACUGUGCUGACUACUCAUGUAGGAGAUUAUAAACUUUGUUCAGCUUUUUGGAUGUUGCUUAUUCUAAUACGAUUUUUCCUGUACGGUUUCAAAUCUAUAAAUCUAAUCACCUUCCAAGACUGUUAAGACAGAUAAAAAAAUGCAAAAUGACUGCGGGGGGCCACUCAGACUGCUUGCUCACAAAAUAUCUUGGUAUCGCUGAAAAUAUAAUUGUCCCAUCUUCAAAUGCAUGCAGAAUGAGAGAUCAAUGAUCUAAUAUCCAAAAUAUUAUCAAUGUACUACUAACAAGAAUAUUUGUUCUUCAUGAUAUUUGUUCCCCAAAUAACUGAUUUUUGCUAUCGUGACUGUCCAGACUGUUAGCACAUGGAAUGUCAGAACGGUCACAAAAUUAAGAACAAAUGAACGACUCCUGCUUCAUCUAUAUUCCUGGAAAUGAAGAAGAAAUGAACCACUCCUGCUUGAUAUAUAUAUAUAUAUAUAUAUAUAUAUAUAUAUAUAUAUAUAUAUAUAUAUAUAUAUAUAUAUAUUCCUGGAAAACAUUGGGAGAACAUUUUGAGGUUCAACUAUCAUUUUAAUUUCAAACCUCAGUUUCAGUUGUAUUUAUUUAAAGUGUCUUUCAUACCACAAUAUCUCAAAGCUCUUUACAUGUUGGUUAAAAAGAACAAAACUAUGCCGUAUCAGGAAGAAGUAAAAAUUACAAUAAAUAAUAAUAAUGAAUCAAUAAUAACAAAAAACUACUAAAGAAAACUAGAACUGAAUAAGAAUGAUAAGUAAAACACAAUGUCUAAAAACAGAUAUAAAGAAAUAAAAUAGAAACAAUAUUGUUUGUAAGUCAAGUUAAAAAAAGCUCAUAUAUUAGCAUUAUAACUAAACACAUUUUCUCUUCUCCUUUUCGAUUUUUGGGAGCGUUAGCUGACCAAGGUGCACAGAGGUUUAAGACCGUCAUCUUUUCAGGCAAGUAAGCACAUGAUUCUGAUUGGGGUUAAAUUGCCCACUCUACAUUAAAUUUCAAAUGAACUUGGAAGUAAAUUGAUUAAAUAAACACAUAUAGAUCUUGCUGAAUAUUUUUUUUAGGUUGCAGGAUGGAGUUGGCUUUAUUACAUUGCAUUAUUUACAUUACAUGACAUUUUAUUACAUUGCAAUGAGCUAUACCAAGAAAAACUCAGAGUUGCUCAACAGAAAAACAGAUGCCCAAUAUAGGUGAGUGCUUUCACUAUUUACAUGGACCAGCAGUACAAACCUGAAGGCUGAUAUAGGGAAGGCAUCUGGGUUGGCAAUGCACUGUAUAAUGCAUGUCUGUAACAUUUUCCAGUAAUUCUUAAACUAUUUGUGUUUCACCAAGACAUGUCUAAGUACAAGUUUGAAAGACACUUAAUAACCAAUCUCGGGGUCUCACUUGUGCCAAUACCGACUGAAGCAAUCGGGGGCGUAUUUAAAAUAAUUGUGUAAUGCAUUUGUUCGCUUGUUUGUACACAUGACCCAGUUUCUAAUGUCGCACAACCCAUUAAGGACACUUAUCUUAGCUCCUAUUAAAUGCAAAUAAAUAGGCUAACUAACCUUUUCCAGCGAUAAAUGCCACAUCAAUAGCUUCUUUUUUGGGGUUUGCAUUUUAUAUUAUAAAGCUUUUUUUUUUUUUUUUUUUUCAAAGGCUAUGGCUAUUUUUCUUCUUUUUUAAAUUCUCUACUGUAUGCGUGUCUUGCAAUUUCUUGGAGCAUUUCGCUGAGAAAAGGUGUGGGGGUUUGAAGUCAGCACCAAAUCAUUCUACUAAACUGGAAUUCAGUUUUGAAUAGCACACUGCCCUAGAGCUACUGUCUGAGAAACGGUCAUGGUUUACAUUCCAAAUUCACCAUUACUUUGGCCGAAUCUAAGCAGUUGUCUCAGUCCAGCAUCCCUGGCUCACAGUCUGGGUUGAGGGAAGAUACACCUACCGAAACUGUAGUGCCCCCUACCGACCUUAGAACCUUUCAUACAGGAAAAUAUACUUGAAAACUUUAUCCUGUGCUGUUUAUAGAUAACCAGCCUUUUAAUAGGGAGAUUAUCCCUAGGUGCAGGGACACAUGCUCCGACUGUUAGCCUAAAGCUCAUGACUGUUCUUAGCUCCCCUGAGGGGGUCUCUUCAAAGCACCACAGCGUAUGUCUGAUGUUGGCAAUACGCCACAGGCCUGAUAAUCAGGAAAGGAGAGCAAUGACUUGAUAUCAAGAUUUUAAAAAAACAGAAUACAUUCCUUAUAGGAAAAAGGGAGUAAAUCCUUUUCACUCAAUAGAUGGCAAAACCAUGGGACCAGAUGUUUGUAUUUGUGUUUGUUUUUUUCUCGAUGUCAACCUUGCCUUGAAGAUUAUAACUGCAAACAGAGCAGGCAGUGGGAUGAUUAGUAUUUUUACCUUAAUCAUUAUUUUUUAAAAUAGAAUUGAAUUGGGCAUUCUUGUUGUUACAAUCAAUUCCUUUCAGGUUUAUACCUGCAAAAUUUACUGGCAAUGUUAAGAAACACAUGAAGUUUCAUAUAUACUGUAUACAUGUGUACAUAUCUAAAUUAUAUAUAAAAUAUACCCAUAGACAGAAAUAUAUACAUGUGAUAUGUACAGUUUGUUCUAUACAGUACUGUAUUAUGUAUAAACAGCAUAUCAGAAUCAGUUUAUACACUGUUGUAGCACUUUCCUAUCUCUAUGAAUAGAUGGUAAAUGCUUUUUGAAAAUCUUUUUUUAACAUUCCCUUUCACAGUCUCACUGCGAGUACAUUCAGUUGUCAAAGACAGAAAUGUUGAUGUUAAUGUGAAAAAAUACAAGUCGUUUCUAUAAGUUUGAUGCGAGACAAUACUGUGCGAAUAAUCUAUUGAGCUAAAUUCCUUUUUUAUUCUCAAACAAUUCUCUUGCUUGACAGAGCAGGUAUUAACCAGACGGGCACGCAGUGUAAAAACACAUUCUCUAUAUUUACAAAGUAAAAGUACUGAUUGUUGUGAAACGCAUGGAGUUUAAAUGUAACAAUUUUUGAAGCGUGAGAUAAAGUGCCUCCUUGCACUUUGUGUAGUUACCGUAGGUAAAAGAUGUCUAAUUUCUGUGAAAUGGUGUGUAGAGAUAGUGUUAAUUUGUGUGACUAUUUUGUAAUGCAAUAGACAUUCCCCCCAUGUGCUCUGUAAAAGAAUAAGCUUAAAAAAAAAAAUAAUGUCCUGCAUUUGAGUAACUAUUUUACAUAGUAGUCUUGCAUAGCUGUACUAGUCAAAUAUAUACAUAUCUGUUUUUUUGUAUUUCUUAUGUAAACAUUUAAAAUGUUUAUUCCAUGAAAUUGAGUCAUGCGUGCAUUCAUUUUAUUGUAUAAAUAUAUUCAGUGUUAAUUUUGCAAUCCAGAAUUUUCCAGAGAUGGGCACUGAUGAUGCUCCUGUGAACAAUAUCCACAGCUGAAAGGGUCUCUGUUCGGACAGACAUGCUGGUUAAGUUUUGCUGUAUAGGUGGGAUCAUGUGACUUCUGUGUAAGUUUGUGGAAUGUGGGUAUUGUUGUGAGGUGUAACUAGGUUUACAGUUUAAGCGUAUCUAGGAAAAAAGUCACAUUUAAUUAAAUGAGCAGGUUUUUCAUUAUUAAAUGCUUCUUGUAUUUGAGGGCCCCUCUGAGGUGACCGUGGCAGUGCCUGUCUAAAAUGCUUUCUCAGAUCUUCAGACAGUGCCUGGUGCGACUGGGAAAACUGCCUGUGAAACAUGAAACAUUUUACUGUAUUUAUAGAUUCACAAAAGACACAAAAAUGAAAUGCCUGUGUUUUUUGUCUUGAAUUAAUUUAUCUAAACUUCCCACCAGCUUUAGAAAGUUAGUAAUAUCCACCUCAGAUCUGUUGAAUGUAGCAAUAUCUAUCUCAUUUAUUACAUCUCGAUAAAUUAAUUCAAGAUAUUAACACCGCUUUUAUGCACUGUUACAUACAUAAAAAUAAAAAUCAGCCAGGGUGGCAUAUACUGAAUGUAUUCCAGCUGAAAUCAGAUUCUGUUAAAUGUGGCUUUUUUCUUUUACUUUAAAAGAAAGUAUCAGUUUGAACACAUGCAAGUAUUUGUAGGCACAAUGUUUAUAUGAUGAGCCAGUUAAUGUACACUUUCUACAGUGUUAGAGUAGUGUAGUUCUAGUAUUUGGGAACUUUUCUCACUUCAGGUUUGAAAUACUAUAAUGAUCUGUUUUCUGAAUUUCCUAUUUUGUGUAGCUGUAAUUCUGAUGUAAAAAUAAACACAUCCGCAAGCAAUCCUUUCUAUACCAGAGCAGUUGAAAAUGCUGUUAAUACAGUACAUAUCACUAAGUGUUGUACCUUUGGUGUACAUAAGACUAUUGAAACUAAUAAAUGUUAAUUUAUAACUAA